GUUUUUGCAGAUUUCCCUAAUACACCCCUUUCAAAAUCCAGAAAAGACAAUUAGGUCCUCAUUUGAUCCAGUGUGCCCUAAUCUUUCGUCAGAAUCCCCCAAUUGAGUUUCUCACUCUCCGACCGAUCACCCCCGGUGAAAAUCUCCGGUUAGUUCAUCUUAGCUUCCCAAUUCGUUGGUUGCUGGAAGUCACUCGUUUUUUGUGGGGAUCGUUCCUGUGUUAUAGUUGCGGAUUGAGUAAAGCUGAUUGGUGUUGAUGGUUGUGUUAAAUAAGUGGGACCCCGUAACUCUUCACUCCGUUGCAUGGAGGGUCACGACUUUAUAAUCGGCCAAGAGUUUCCAGAUGUUAAAGCCUUCCGUAAUGCAGUCAAAGAAACCGCAAUCGCCCAACACUUUGAGCUUCGUAUUCUCAAGAGUGAUCUCAUCAGGUACAUAGCUAAAUGCGCCGCCGAAGGCUGCCCAUGGCGCAUACGUGCAGUGAAGCUCCCGAAUGCCCCGACUUUCACAAUCAGAAGCCUCGACGGUACACACACUUGCGGUAAAAACGCACACACUGGGCACCACCAAGCUUCUGUGGACUGGAUCGUGAACUUCAUAGAGGAACGACUUCGUGAGAACGUGAAUUAUAAACCGAAAGAUAUUUUACGAGAUGUGUACGAACAGUAUGGGAUAACUAUACCGUAUAAGCAGGCUUGGCGGGCUAAGGAGCGUGGACUUCAAUCCAUAUACGGAUCUUCCGAAGAAGGGUAUUUUCUUCUUCCAUUGUACUGUGAGCAGAUAAAGAAGAACAACCCGAAAAGUAUUGCUGAGGUUUUCACCUCUGGUUCCGAUAAUCGGUUUCAGCGUGUGUUCAUUUCGUUUUACGCUUCUAUAAAAGGGUUUCUUAAUGGUUGCCUACCGAUUAUUGGACUUGGUGGAAUUCAGCUCAAGAGUAAAUACCUCGGAACUUUACUUUCGGCCACUUCUUUUGAUGGUGAUGGUGGGUUGUUUCCGCUUGCCUUUGGUGUUGUUGAUGUGGAAAGUGACGAGAGUUGGAUGUGGUUCUUGUCGGAAUUACGUAAAGCCCUCGAGAUGAAUACGGAGAUAGUGCCGCAAAUUACAUUUUUGUCCAAAUGGCAGAAUGGCGUUGGAGAUGCUGCGAAGAGAAAAUUCCCGACUUCUUGUCAUGCAGUUUGCAUGAAGCAUUUAACAGAAAGCAUUGUUAGAGAAUUUAAAAAUCCACGGCUCGUACAACUCCUUUGGAAAGCCACGUACGCCACUUCGAAUAUAGGGUUUAAAGAAAAAAUGGUCGAAAUUGAAGAAAUUUCUUCCGAAGCAAGAAAUUGGCUGCAACAAAAUUACCCACCUUCUCGUUGGGCGAUGAUGUAUUUCGAUGGGGCCCGCUUCGGUCAUCUCUCGUCAAACACCGACGAGUUCAACCAGUGGGUUCUAGAAGCUCGAGAGCUGCCUAUAACUCAAGUGAUCGAGCAAAUCCAGACUAAAUUAAUGGUGGAGUUCGAGGAGAGGCGUGCUAAAUCCAAGACAUGGUUUUCGGUUCUCACUCCAUCUGCUGAAAAACACGUGAUCGAGGCAGUAAAUCUUGCUUCGACCUAUCAGGUGCUUCGAUCGGAUGAGGUAGAGUUCGAGGUUCUUUCUGCAGAGCGGUCGGAUAUAGUCAACAUAGGAAGUAAUUCUUGUUCUUGCUGUGGUUGGGAGAUGUGUGGAUUACCAUGCUCGCAUGGUGUUGCAGCACUUUUAUUCUCGAGAAAAGAUGUUUAUGCCUUUACGGGUAAUAAGUAUUUUACUACGGCUAGUUAUUGUGCCGCGUAUGAAGAAGAAAUACAUUGUGUACCGGGUAAAACUGAGCUGAUUAAGGAAGGGGAGACAACCUUAGACGGUGAAAUAAGAUCAGUGAGGCCUCCGAAGGUGAAACGGCCACCUGGAAGGCCUGAGAAGAAACGAAUGUGCAUAGAGGAUUUUAAUCGGGAGAAGCAUACUGUGCACUGUAGCAGGUGUAAUCAGACGGGGCAUUAUAAGUCGACUUGCAAAUCGGAUGGGUGUAAGAGUGUAUUAGCUCAAAUUUAGAUGCAAGAGUUUUGUAAGUAUAUAUAUAUAUAUAUUCCCAAAGAAAUAGGUGCAAGGUGAUUCCUCCUCUCUUUUUUUUUGAACAUUUUCUCUGCUUCUGUGUUUAGUGCUAGUUUUCGUGAAUGUCGUAAAUAUUCAUGUCCUU